AUGGCUCCGCCAGCUCCGCCAGCACCGCCCCCUCCCCUCCCACCAGACCCUCCGGCCCUCCCGGCGGCACAUCAGCUCCACCCACCGUCCCCUCCUAAUCCUUCCAUCAAAUCCGGCUCUGCAUCUCUUGAAGCCUCGGCUUCUCCGGUACUGGUCCCUUCUGACCAGACGACUCCCUCCGCCUCGUCGGUCGGUAUUAAGGCUGGUCUUACUGAUUUACCAGCUAAUUGCUCUCCAUCUCCUAUGGCUGUGGACGCUCCUUCUGCUACAGGUCAAGGUUCUUCCAACCCAGAUCCGACCCCUUCUCAAGAGAAAAAAUUUAAUUGGGCGGAGAACUUGCAUUCUGCUGCUCGAUUCCCGGUCACUGAAGUCCCGGUUUUUGUGUCUGCUGAAGGUAGACCUAGAGUUCGUGUCUCCAAUGGGGUCUUUGAAAGAGGAGCCAAGCUUCACAGUGAUUACAUUGUUGGUAUUUUCUAUGGAAAAGCUCCUUCUUAUGGGGAUUCUCCCUUCUUUGUAACGAAGUGGAAGUCAGAAUUUACCACUAAUCCGCCGUCGCUAGACAAGGCUCCGGUGUGGAUAACGCUACAGAAUCUACCUUUUGAUCUCAUCACUCCUGAGGGUUUGAGCUCUGUAUGUUAUCCGCUGGGUAGAGUAGUGGACUCCAAACCGUUCACCAGCAUCUCUUCUGCAGAGGUGAAGGUUAUCGUUGAUCUGACUAAGCCCAUGCCUCCAGAGGUGGAAGUUGAAUGUGACGAUGGGAAUGUGCUUCUUAUUAAAGUUAUUUGCCCCUGGUUACCUCCUCUCUGCCCCAUCUGUAACCAAAUUGGUCACAAGGCAGCUCUUUGUCCCUCUGCUCCGACUCCAGAGAAGAAAAAGGAGAAGCAAAAAGGUAAACAGAGUGUUUCCUCGGAAAAUCAGGCUGUAAAACAAAAAGGCUCUUCUGUUGGUCCAGAAUGGCGUCCUAUAUCUAUUGUGGAAAAAGGAUCCACGUCAAACAAUGCAAGUAUCCCAGAAACCAACAAGGGCUCUAUCCCAGCGCCCGAUCAGAACCUUGAAGCUUUGGCUUUUGAGCCCUCUUCUGCUCACGGAGGCUUGGUGUCGCCCACUGCGUCAGCAGCUGUUGACACUCAAGUCCGUCCGAAAACUUGCAACGACCUUCCUCAACGAAAAAUUCCUUUCACAGAGAUCAGAAGUAAAGGGUCUUCGAAAGGAAGAGUCUCUGUCAGAGACGACCCUGUGCUCACCGAAAAUCCGUUCCAGGUUCUUCAGAUAGAGGCUUCUCCAGAAGAAGUAAAUGACCGGAGGAUAAUAUGUGUCUCUCAAGAAGUUUCUCCCACCUCUUUGGCUUUGCUAAAUCGUAAUCAGAAGAAAAGAAAGCUCCGAAACUCCCCAGUUCUCGGUGAAACUCACGUUAAGGUAGCAAGCAAGCAAAAUAUAUUGUCAGCUAUUGGAGGGGAUUGGUCAGUGAAGACUAACUACGAAUUCUCGGAACUGGGGAAAAUUUGGGUCUUGUUCAGAGCUCUAACUCGUGUUAGAGUUCUUUUCAAAGAUCUGCAAUCUAUCACUUGCGAAGUUAUUUUGGAAAACAACACUGAAUUCAUCUAUACAGCAGUGUAUGCGGCUAAUGAAGUUGACACCCGGAUUGAUCUUUGGACUUCUCUCCGGGAUACCUCAGCCUCCUUCGGCCUCCAAGGAAAACCAUGGUUGGUUGUGGGGGAUUUUAAUGAAAUAUUACAUCCCAGUGAGACGUCAAACAAAAGCGUUAUCUCGACGUCGAGGGGUAUGAGAGCUUUUGGUGACUAUUUAUCCGAUAUUGGAUUAUUUGACCUUCCUUGGUCUGGCCCAACUUUCACCUGGCAAAAUAAUAGACCUUCUGAUCCUAUUGGUAAGAAGCUGGAUCGUUGUCUGAUUAAUGGUUGUUGGCUGCACAAAUUCCCUUCCAGUCAUUGUUUGUUUGAAGCGCCAGAAUUUUCAGAUCAUACGCCGGGUUUCAUCAAGCUGUCUUCUGAUCCACCGUCUUUUGGAACACGUCCAUUCAAAUUCUUCAACCUGCUGCUAAAGAAUCCCCUAUUUCUAGAAAAGGUUGAGCAGUCUUGGUCAGAAGUUGGGUUGCAGGCUAAUUCCUUAAAAGAUUUUGGUUUCAAGUUAAAAAGCCUCAAACGCCCGAUGAAAUCCUUACUGAAGGAAAACUAUAGUGACAUCGAAAAAAGGGUGGCAGUAGCUUUUGAUGACUUAACAGCAAAGCAGUUCCUGGCGUUGAAUGAUCCGUCUUCUCAUAAUGUUCAAAAUGAAGUGGAAGCUCGAAGGAUUUGGUCAGAGUUAAGGGUUGCGGAGGAUAGCUUUUUCUAUCAAAGAUCUCGUAUUAGAUGGAUGUGUGGGGGUGAUUUGAAUACUCUGUACUAUCAUAGCCUCACUACUUCUCGGAAUGCUGGAAAUGCCAUAAAAUUUCUUACUAAUCCUGAUGGAUCGAUGACCUCUUCCCUUGAGGAGGUUCAUCAAGUGGCUGUUGAUCAUUUCCAGACUAUUCUCAGCACAAUCAGGGGUGCUUUUUGUCCAGAGUUACCAGAAUAUCUCGAGAGCCUGAUUGUGGUUAAAUGUUCCUCGCAGCAGCAGUCCCUGUUCAACGAAGAGUUCCCAAACGAACAGAUCCAGAGCUGUCUCUUCAAGAUGCCAAGAAACAAAACGCCAGGACCAGAUGGAUUUCCGGUUGAAUUCUUCAAAAGUGCUUGGUCUAUUGGACAAGAGUUUCUAACUACGGUCAGAAAUUUCUUUACCCACUGUUUCAUGUCGACUUCUCUAAACGCGACAUCUCUGAUCCUAUUAGCGAAGCGCCCAGGAGCUGAUAAAAUUCAGGAAUUUCGCCCUAUUGCCUGCCUAAACACUCAGUACAAGCUCAUCACUAGGCUGCUGUCGAAGAGAUUGAAAUCGACGCUGCCGGGUCUGAUUUUACCUAACCAAACAGCCUUUGUGUCUGAUCGCUUGUUAGUGGAAAACGUAUUGCUAGCUUAA